AUGGUUGAGUUGGAAAUUCAGGUACCAACUCCAUUCGAUCCAUUUUCUGAAGCGAUAGAAUCGGACGCUCCUGGGGCGAAACAGUAUGUUCAUAUACGAAUUCAGCAAAGGAAUGGAAAGAAGAGUUUAACAACGGUUCAAGGACUGAAGAAAGAGUUCAGCUACGAGAAGAUUCUGAAGGAUCUUAAGAAAGAGUUCUGUUGCAACGGGAAUGUUGUGCAGGAUAAAGAGCUUGGGAAAGUUAUUCAACUUCAAGGUGAUCAGAGGAAGAAAGUUUCGCAGUUUUUAAUUCAGGUUGGGCUUGUGAGGAAGGAUCAGAUCAAGAUUCAUGGUUUUUGA